AUGGCAACAAGACCGGCCAACCACGACCACCGCGAUGGCGAGGAACCGGCCCUUCAGCACAAGAUUCCCUACUGGCGGCUUGUUAUAGACCAAGCAGGCGUCACUCAUCAUGUCCUUCACCACGAAUACCCAGGAUCGGGCACCCAGGAGGACCCCUACCUGGUGCAAUGGACGCCAAACGACCCCCGAAACCCCAUGGGCUUCAGCGACGCCAAAAAAUGGUUCAUCACCAUCACCGUGGCCGUCGCCACGCUCGCCGUGUCCCUCGUCUCCUCCGCAUACACGGGGGGCAUGAAGCAAAUCAUCAUCGAGUUCCGCGCCAGCCAGGAAGUAGCCACGCUCGGCGUCUCGCUGUUCGUGCUCGGCUUCGCCGUCGGGCCGCUGCUCUGGGCGCCCCUGAGCGAGCUCUUCGGGCGGCAGAUCCUCUUUGCCGGCACGUACGCCUGCCUCACGGCCUUUAACGCGGGCUGCGCCGGCGCGCAGAACAUCUGGACGCUGUGCAUCCUGCGCUUCUUCGCGGGCGCCUUUGGCUCGUCGCCCCUGACCAACGCCGGCGGCACCAUUGCCGACAUGUUUGAGCCGGCGCAGCGCGGCCUGGCCACGGCCAUCUUCGCCGCCGCCCCCUUUCUCGGCCCGGUCCUCGGCCCCAUUGCCGGCGGCUUCUUGGGCAUGGACGCCGGCUGGCGCUGGGUCAUGGGCUUGCUGGCGGCCUUUUCUGGGCUCGUGUGGAUUCUGGGCGUCGUCCUCGUUCCCGAGACGUAUGCCCCCGUCAUCCUGCGCCGGAGAGCGGCCAGGCUGUCUGGCAUGACGGGCAAGCACUACGUCAGCAAGAUGGACCAUGAUAGGGGCCGCGUCACGUUUGCCGAGUCGUUCAAGUCGGCGCUCUCGCGGCCGUGGAUACUGCUGUUCAGAGAGCCCAUCGUCUUUCUUCUCUCCGUGUACAUGGCCAUUGUGUACGGCACGCUGUACAUGCUCUUUGGUGCGUUCCCCAUUGUGUACCAGCAGCAUCGCGGUUGGAACCAGGGCGUCGGGGGGUUGGCUUUUCUGGGCAUCAUGGUGGGAAUGCUUGCCGCCAUAGCCUUUACGCUCCCCUUGAACAGGCGGUACAUCGAGACGCAGCGCAAGUGCGGCGGCCACGCACCGCCCGAAGCCCGCUUGCCCGGCACGCUUGUCGGGUCCAUUGCCCUGCCCGUGGGCUUGUUCUGGUUUGCCUGGACGAAUUCCAGCUCGGUUCACUGGAUUGUCAGCAUUCUCGCGGGCGUGCCCUUUGGUUUCGGCAUGGUCCUGGUGUUCCUGAGCAUCCUCAACUAUCUCAUCGACUCGUACACGAUUUUCGCCGCCUCUGUCUUGGCAGCCAACUCCGUCUUGCGUUCUCUCUUUGGAGCCGCCUUCCCCAUGUUCGUGGGGAAAAUGUACGAAAACUUGGGAAUCCACUGGGCAUCCUGUAUCCCGGCCUUCCUUGCCCUGGCCUGCGUGCCGUUCCCGUUUCUGUUCUACAAGUACGGUGCGUCUAUUCGGGCCAAGUGCAAGUUUGCCGCCGAGUCGGCUGCCUUUAUGGAGAAGCUACGUCAACAAUCUCCCGAAGCUCCUACCGCCGUGGAGAAGAUGGACGGUGACGCCACCGAGACGGGUGCCGAUCUCUCGAGCGACGACGAGACCAGGACGGGCGAGGAAGGGACGACAUUCUCCCCCCUCAAGGUGACGCAAUCUCAUGCUUCGACACGUGGUCAAGCGGCUGCCGACACGGCGCUAUACGAUGGCAAUCCAUACAAUAUUGACCGUGUCAACAGCAACCACUCAUUUGCUAGUCACAACUAA